AUGAAACUCCUACAAAAGAAACAUAAGAGGAUUAUCAUUGCAAAGUCUGACGUUCAUGGAUGGGGUGCAUUCUCACGAUACUCUGUUAAAAAAAAUGAGUUUCUCGGAGAAUAUACUGGAGAAUUGAUCACUCCUGAUGAAGCAACUGAACGUGGGAAAGCAAAUGAUCUCCAGCUUGGUUCUCCCUACCUAUUUACCUUAAAUGAACAGGUCGUAAUCGAUGCUCGCCGUAUUGGAAACAAGUUUAGAUUUCUCAAUCACUCAUCAAAACCUAACUGCGACUCCAAGAUGGUGAUUGUGAGAGGAGAUCAUAGGAUUGGUAUAAUUGCGAGUAAAGCUAUCGAAGAAGGCGAAGAGCUUUUCUUCGACUAUGGUUAUGGACCAGGACAAGUGGAUUGGUGUGACAGUAAUAAACCUAGAACCAAUGGUGGUACUAAAAAGUCUAAGAAAAUCGGUCCAUCUAGUUAG